CGGCCCCACCGUCAGUCGCCGCCCGAAGCAGGCCACCGAACGUCGCGCUCUUCGCGCCUGGCUCUCUCAUACCGGGUUUUAGUUUAGUACCACGAUGACAUAGCCCCAGUGUCGUGCGACGGAAAACAACGUGAAGCGCACAUAUUUUUAAGUUUUUUCAUUCGGUCGAGGAAACCAUAAGGGUCCCGUUGUUGCAGAACUAACUACGACCCACCCCGUUCCGUUGAGGGAAAAGGCGAGACCCCAGAGGCGGCUUGUUCACUUUUAUCCGCCUUUACAUAAAGACUAGCGAAAAUGGGCGAGCAUGGCCGUACCGACUCGUACCGCGUCGCCACCAUCGGGCCCAUUAAGGACGACAAUAGAACAGCUGACGGGCAGUACAAGACCCGCCGGAAACCCCCUGCGAAAAAGCGGAAACCAGGAGAUUUAGAAGAUCUUAAACAGGAGUUGGACAUCGAUUAUCACAAAGUAACACCGGAAGAACUAUACCAAAGAUUUCAGACACACCCAGAAAAUGGCCUUAGUCACGCAAAAGCGAAAGAGAAUCUCGAACGGGACGGUCCAAACGCACUCACACCACCCAAACAGACACCCGAAUGGGUGAAGUUUUGUAAAAAUCUGUUUGGUGGCUUCGCAUUAUUACUAUGGAUUGGUGCUAUUCUUUGCUUUAUUGCAUAUGGAAUCCAGGCGAGUACCGUAGAAGAACCCUCCGAUGAUAACUUGUACCUUGGCAUUGUAUUGGCGGCUGUCGUGAUCGUUACGGGUAUAUUCUCAUACUACCAGGAAAGCAAGUCAUCUAAAAUUAUGGAAUCGUUCAAAAACAUGGUCCCCCAGUUUGCCACCGUCAUCCGCGAAGGCGAAAAGCUCACUCUCCGCGCUGAAGAUUUGGUACUUGGUGAUAUUGUUGAAGUAAAAUUCGGUGAUCGUAUCCCAGCUGAUGUCCGCAUCAUUGAGGCGCGAGGAUUCAAGGUGGACAACUCCAGUUUAACUGGCGAGUCUGAACCCCAGUCGCGAGGACCUGAAUUCACUAACGAGAACCCACUGGAAACCAAGAAUCUGGCAUUCUUCUCUACCAACGCCGUUGAGGGAACUGCGAAGGGAAUCGUUAUCUGCUGUGGUGACAAUACCGUCAUGGGCCGUAUCGCUGGUUUAGCUUCUGGUUUGGAUACCGGAGAAACCCCCAUUGCCAAGGAAAUCCACCAUUUCAUCCACUUGAUUACUGGUGUAGCCGUGUUCCUCGGUGUUACCUUCUUCGUGAUUGCCUUCAUCCUUGGAUACCAUUGGCUUGAUGCUGUCAUUUUCUUGAUCGGUAUCAUUGUAGCUAACGUACCCGAAGGUUUACUGGCCACUGUAACCGUAUGCCUAACCCUCACUGCCAAACGAAUGGCCUCAAAGAACUGCCUGGUGAAGAAUCUGGAAGCUGUCGAGACCCUGGGCUCUACAUCUACCAUCUGCUCGGAUAAGACCGGAACCCUCACCCAGAACAGGAUGACCGUCGCCCACAUGUGGUUCGAUAACCAGAUCAUCGAAGCUGAUACCACUGAGGAUCAAUCCGGAGUACAGUAUGACCGCACUAGCCCUGGAUUCAAAGCCCUCGCCAAAAUCGCUACCCUCUGCAACCGAGCUGAAUUCAAAGGUGGUCAGGAAGGUGUUCCCAUUCUGAAGAAGGAAGUCGCUGGUGAUGCCUCUGAAGCUGCUUUGCUGAAAUGUAUGGAACUUGCUCUCGGAGACGUCAUGUCGAUCAGGAAACGUAACAAGAAAGUGUGCGAAAUUCCAUUCAACUCUACCAACAAGUACCAGGUUUCGAUCCACGAGAGUGAUGAUCCCAGCGACCCUCGCCACUUGCUCGUCAUGAAGGGAGCUCCCGAAAGGAUUCUGGAACGUUGCAGCACUAUUUUCAUUGGAGGAAAGGAAAAGGUUUUGGACGAGGAAAUGAAGGAAGCUUUCAACAAUGCUUACUUGGAAUUGGGCGGUCUCGGUGAACGUGUGCUCGGUUUCUGCGACUUACAACUGCCAUCAGACAAAUACCCCAUUGGUUACAAGUUCAAUACUGAUGACCCCAACUUCCCCUUGGAGAACCUCCGCUUCGUUGGCCUCAUGAGUAUGAUUGAUCCUCCCCGUGCUGCCGUCCCUGACGCUGUUGCUAAGUGCCGAUCUGCUGGAAUUAAGGUUAUCAUGGUUACUGGUGACCACCCUAUCACUGCCAAGGCUAUUGCCAAAUCUGUAGGAAUCAUUUCUGAAGGUAAUGAAACCGUUGAAGACAUUGCUGCUCGUCUGAACAUCCCUGUGUCGGAAGUGAACCCUCGCGAGGCCAAGGCUGCUGUCAUUCACGGAACCGAACUCAGGGAGCUCAACUCUGACCAACUUGACGAAAUCCUUAAGUUCCACACGGAAAUUGUGUUCGCCCGCACGUCCCCACAACAGAAGCUGAUCAUCGUGGAGGGUUGCCAGCGUCUCGGCGCCAUUGUGGCUGUCACCGGUGAUGGUGUCAACGACUCCCCCGCUCUGAAGAAGGCUGACAUCGGUGUUGCCAUGGGCAUUGCUGGCUCUGACGUGUCGAAACAGGCCGCCGACAUGAUCCUGCUGGACGAUAACUUCGCGUCGAUCGUGACUGGCGUAGAGGAGGGACGAUUGAUCUUCGACAAUCUGAAGAAAUCCAUCGCUUACACCCUGACGUCGAACAUUCCCGAAAUCUCGCCCUUCCUUGCCUUUAUCCUGUGCGACAUUCCCCUGCCCCUCGGCACCGUCACUAUCCUGUGCAUUGAUCUCGGAACUGACAUGGUACCUGCUAUAUCAUUGGCGUACGAGGCGCCCGAGUCUGAUAUCAUGAAGCGGCAGCCGCGGGAUCCUUACCGCGACAAUCUCGUCAACAGAAGGUUGAUUUCGAUGGCUUAUGGACAAAUCGGCAUGAUCCAAGCCGCCGCUGGUUUCUUCGUGUAUUUCGUGAUCAUGGCUGAGAACGGAUUUUUGCCAAUGAAACUGUUCGGCAUCAGGAAGCAAUGGGACUCGAAGGCCAUCAACGAUUUGACCGACUCGUACGGACAGGAAUGGACCUACCGCGACCGCAAGGCCCUGGAGUUCACGUGCCACACCGCUUUCUUCGUCUCGAUCGUCGUGGUGCAGUGGGCCGAUCUGAUCAUUUGCAAGACCCGCCGCAACUCCAUCAUUCACCAGGGCAUGCGUAACUGGGCUCUCAACUUUGGUCUCGUAUUCGAAACCGCCCUCGCCGCGUUCCUGUCGUACACGCCCGGUAUGGACAAGGGCCUGAGGAUGUACCCACUCAAGUUCGUGUGGUGGCUGCCCGCCAUUCCGUUCAUGCUGUCGAUCUUCAUCUACGAUGAGAUCCGGCGCUUCUACCUCCGCCGCAACCCCGGCGGCUGGCUCGAACAAGAGACUUACUACUAAGCAGCACCGACCACUGUCCACACCGUCGUGCAUCAGUUAGUUACUGCGUACAUAACGUUCAUUUGUGUUCUUAUAUCAGACUGACAGAGGUUGCGGUGCCGUUCCGGUAUAUGUGUAAUCGCUGUCGUGUACGCUUCUCACCGCUUGUUACCGCAUCGCUCCGCACAGGGGCACCUGUGUCUGUACCUGUCGAGAGUUAUAUAUUACGAGGUUCGUUUGUUGCGUGACCGAGAGAGAGCGGCUGCGCAGGACCCGCACGAGCCCGCCCAAGCGCUCUUCACUAUUAUUAAUUUAACGAACUAUGUAUGUAUAUAUGCACAGUGGAGUAUGAAGUUUGAUAUUUGUGAUGAUAUAAAAAAAUAUAUUAUACACAUAUUAUUAUUUUGAAAUUGUGAAUCGUGUUAUUUUUAUAUUGAGAUCGUUUAAAACGCGAACCUCGCCCGUCACGGGACGAGUGGAUGAGUUGUUUUUAUGAAUCUGUUGAAUCUCUGUCUCUGUCUGGCUCGAAUCAGUUUGCCUGCCGGCCGCCGACUCGGUCCGCGUCCGCCCCACGGCCCCGCGUCGGACGGCACUGCCCACUGGCCAGUGGCCACACUGCGCAGUGUACCGACCGGCCGCAGUGGGGCGGACACUCCGCCGCGCCCGUGCUCGGCGGCCAACGAAAGCAUUUGUUGUAAAAUUAACAGUUAAGAAGCCACUAUUAUUAUAAUUUAAGUGAAUUAGACUUAAGUUGAAUUUCUCGAAUGAAUAAAGUUCAGUUGACGAUUCGAACGGGUGCAUGGUGUAUGAGAUGUCGAUGUGGAGUGCCUGAGUUUUAGUGUACUACCGCUUACUGUUAGGUAGGUAGUUGAAAUUUUGAUGCCGUAAUCUCAAUUUUAACGUAGAUAAAUAAAGCAUACACAGUCGCGAACGCUUAGAGGUGCGGGCCUGGCCGCGGGCCCGCACGGUCACUCAGCACUGCCGUCGGUCGCUCCGGCGUCGCUCCGGCGUCGCCCCGGCCUCGCCCCGGCGUCGCUCCGGCCGCGACUCACCGGCCGCGCGGCGACUCCGGCCGAGACGCUUUUCUUUUCUAAACGUAAUCAGAUUAAUAGCGAACUUCGUCAAAUUUUAUUAAAAUAGGCUGCUCAUGGUAAAUCGUAAGAUUUUAUUUCUUAAUUAAAAGAUAAUAACAAAACGUAGGGAUGCGUAAUUAGAACUUUUUAAAAUUAUACAGUUAUCAUAGAGUCAUGUUGUUUUGUCGCCACUUGGCUCUUCUACGGGAGUGUCGGCAGCGAUGAGGCGGCGAUGUGGCAGCGAUGCGGCUGCGGGGCGGCUGCGGUGCGGCUGCGGGACGGCAGCGAGGCGGCUGCGGUGCGGCGCGGCGGACGGCGGACGCACGCGGGCCGCGGCCGCGGGACAGGGCCAAGUAGAAGGACCAAGUGGAGCGAUUCAUUUCAAUUUUUCGUAACGAAUACAUAUAACAUUAUAAUAAUGGUUACAAAAGUAAAAUAUAACAUUAUAGCGACUAAAAUCUAAAUUAUAUGAAAUGUUUAUAGAUUUAAAUGAGGUUCGUUUCUUUAGGAUGACCUUUUGUGCUUGUUUGACGAGAACGAUGUACAUCUCACUGACAAUAGUCGUUGAUGAUAUUAUUGUAAUGAUCUGAUCCUUGUGAGCGGUUUGUUUGACGUACACUGUAGAUCUAACAUUGUUUUGCGUUCGACAGUUCUUUACACCGAUUUAUUUUAUAGUAUUACUCUGUUGGCUAGGAAUGCUGUAAAAAUGUAAGUGUUAAUAAAAAAAACAUUUUCAAAAUAUUA